AUGCUUGCUAUAUCGGAAUUUGCCGAGUCCUAUCGUCUAGAAGACAUCGGCAUUGGACAACUUGGAACCGAAACAUACGUUCCUGACGAGCUCGUCAUUGCCACAUCAAAUGUCACGGGAUACGAACUCCUAGAUCUUGGGUUACGAGACGGCGGGUUGACGUUGGGAGCCUGUGGCUCUCCCUUGCCGCCAGAUUCACCUUCGCCUCCACAUCUCCUGCGACCAUCAGCCGAGUGCACGGCCCCCUCGACAUUGAGGACAGAUCACAUAGCAAAUCACUUUCUCCAGGAACCACACGAACAUGGGUUGCCUAUACACCCUCCCCCUCCACAGUCUUCCAGUGAAGAAAAGGGACAUAACGGUCUUCGUAAAACGGGGUCCUUGAACACAGAAUUUACCAACUAUAUCCGAAAAGAUUUUGUCUGUUUCAUCCAGGAAAAUCUGUCGUACUGGAAGGUAAACGGGCUAUGGGACAGAUCAUCGCUGUCCAAUCCCAACUGGGGCAGUUCGGGAUACGAGAGCCUAGGAAAUAUCUACUCCUGCAUGUGUGAGCUGGACCUGCGCAUUGGUCAGGAUCAAAUACGAAAGCGGGCAGCCUUGGUCCUUCUCGACUGCAAGUACAAGGAGGCACUUGCGGAAUGGCAGUCACGGAAAAAGCCCCAGUCAUCUAAAGGAUCUAUUGGAGUUGGGCGAGGGGAUGCAAGCGCGAUGAUCGACAACAUUCUCGGUCGCAUGCACCCAGAGUGGAAUUCGUAUAAUGCCCGACAACGGUCUAAACUCCGAGACAAGUUUCACAAUGAAAAGCGGCAUGGCAAGCGAUGGGCCGUUUUAGUGACUGCUCUUGGCCCCAGUGUAUUGUUUCUGUGUUCCUCAGCGCUUGCCAGGACGGUGAAAGAUACUACGAUAACUUUGAACACUCUCGAGAAAAUCACAACCAAUCGUAUCUCGACUCUUCCGUGGGCGAUGGAUGUGUUUCAAUUAAUGAACCCAAUUGCCCAGUCACUUCUGUAUAAUUGGGACUGCCGCCCCAUUGAUACUAAUCUCAUUUUGGGGCAGCUACAAGUCUGGCAGCAAACCAAGAGCAUUGUCGGUUAA